UCAAUCACUUAGCAAUAAUCGUCCGAAGUGCGCAACUAAUAACUGUUGUAACUCAGCAACCGUUCUUUGAAUGUUUCCGUUGAAUGUCACGACAUCUCAAUCAGUCUUCGUACGGCUGAUGUGAGAAUGAACUCAACGUCAACGACGAAAUGGAAGAGGAGCCGGCGCAUAAAGAAACUCUAUCAAAGUUAUGUGGGCGAAAUUCGUGCUGCUUCGUUACCACAAUGUGAUACAUCAGCCUUGAGUGAUACCCGAAGCGACACAUUUACUGUUCCUGGAUGCUCAAAGAAUGCCACCAAUUCGGAAGAACAUGCAACAAAUCACUCUUCGAUUGUCGUGACACCUGCUGAAACUGAAAUUCUGCCACUGCCGUCAGAAAAUGCGUCUACUGCAGAAACUGACAGCACGACGGACUGUGACUCUGACUCUGAGCUUCUGAGGUCACCCGAGGAUGUAGAAGAGUCAGACGAAGAUGAACAGUCCAUUACCCCAUUAGACGGAACCUUGCUCAGAGAGGAUGUGGAUACAGAAAUGCCAAAAGACCUUGGCGAGGACCUGCGCAAUUUUUAUACAACAUUUCAUCCAUCACAUGCGUUGAUGAAUGAUGUCAUUCGAAUCUUUCGCCGUCAUGGACACAACCUCCCCAAAGACUGUCGCACUCUUGUUCGUACUGAAAGAAAGGCAGAACUAAAUGAAGAUGAGUCAUUUGUCCAUUUCGGUCUCCUGUCUGGAAUAAAGGAUGUUUUAAAACAUGCCAAUGUACCCACAAACCAGAAGCUGAAAUUACAAGCUAGUGUUGAUGGCUUGCCACUGUUCAAGGCCUCGGGAAAGUCUUUCUGGCCGAUAUUGUGCAGAGUGACAAACUGUGGUGACUCGGAGCCUUUUAUGGUAAGCUUAUACUGCGGCACUGGGAAACCGCUGGGAAAGAUGUACAAGAAUUUGUUUAUCCUUUUCUGGAGGAACUGGCUGUACUGAUGGAUGACGGAUUCACCUACAAAGGCGUUCACGUAAGAGUUGAGCUAAGAGCAGUAAUCUGCGAUGCUCCGGCAUGGAGCUUCUUGAAACAAGUUAAAUCCCACACAGGAUACUACGGAUGCGAAAAAUGCCUCCAAAAGGGCGUGUACUGCUGCAGAAAAGUAACGUUUCCAGAGCUGAAUGCAGCCAAGCGUACCAAUUCAUCAUUUAGAAACAAAGAACAGCCAGAACAUCAUACAGGGACGUCUCCCUUUUUAGCAUUGGAUUGUGACAUUGUCAAAUUGUUUCCAGCGGAUUACAUGCAUCUGGUGUGCCUGGGCAUUGUACGUAAGCUUCUCAUGUUAUGGGUCCGUGGAACACGUCCGCACUGCCUUAGUGCAACUCAGUGUACCUUGCUGAGCAAUCGCCUCAGGGCAUGUAGGAAAAACUUUCCAACAGUGUUUCAGCGCAGGCCCAGAGGUGUUGAAGAGCUCGAGCGCUGGAAAGCGACUGAAUUUCGGAACUUCGUACUGUAUUUGGGACCAGUAGUGCUAAAAGGCUUGCUACCUACAGAAAAAUAUCAUAAUUUUCUUUUACUGCACACUGCCAUCAGGAUACUAGCAUCCAUCGAGCUCAGUACACAGUACAACACCUAUGCGCAGGACCUGUUGAAUCAUUUUAUUGAAACAUUUCGAGACAUAUAUGGUGCUGAACAUUUGGUGUACAAUGUACACACAUUGAGCCAUCUUGCGGAGGAUUGUUUGACUCAUGGUGCUUUAGACUGUUUUAGUGCUUUUCCGUUUGAAAACUUUCUGGGCAAACUUAAGAGGAUCCUCAGGUCGGGAAAUAAGCCACUUUCACAAAUUAGUAGAAGGCUCUCUGAAGGAGUGCAUGUUCAUUCUGCGAAACAAGUUCGAAAGCAAGUUCGCAUUGGAUCAUGCUAUAUUGUAAAUGGAAGUGUUCCAGUCUGUGUUGACAAGGUUAAUGGGGCCACUGUGGAAGCACAUGUGCUGAAUGGAAAAAGUGACUUUUUUUCGGUUCCAUUGUCAUUAAGCCAAAUUGAUAUUUAUCUGUGCAGCCGUUCCACUUCCUCGCGAACGUUUGCCUUACAAGCAAUUCAGCGUGCUCUAGAAUGUGUGUGCGUGCCCCACAAUGAUCGGUUUGUUGUUAUUUCAAUGCUCUAGAUUGUUUUUCGUUUACGUCUUUCAUGAAAAUGUUGAAUGUCUGGCUAUACUAUUGCAAGGUGUAUUUUUCAGUUACUUGAUUACAGUUACUUUCUCUCUUCGACCGUAACAUUUUGCUUCCAUGCCAUUUUAAUGUUUUUUAUCCCAUUCUUGAGGGUGUUCUGUGUUGCGAGAAGGCUUAAUUGCACAUAUAUUUUAUAAGGCCACAAAGUCUCAUCAGUUCUACUCGCAGCCAAUUUAUCUUAAAGGGAGACUCCAGGACAAUCCGAAACUAUUAUAAUGGCUGUGUUCAAUACAUUCUCCUGAAAUGAGAAAUAAAGUUGGUUUCACAGUCAGGCACCCGUUAGUUGCUGAAAGAGCGGGGAAGCUUAAAACAAAACCAAAACUUUUUGAGGUUCCCUCUGCAAGCCCCUGUACCCUGCAUGUCUUUUGUGGGUCACUGGCUGUUUCUUGGGCACACGUAAUUUCUUCAUGCUACAUGGAUGGCCAGCCAUCUGCUUCCUGGAUUUCGUUCUAAAAUAUUCGCAAGCGGUCAGAGCAAAACGUACAGAAAGUCGUACACGGUGAAUACUGGUGAGGUGAAGCCAUUGUCACUAGACAGCCCUUCCAUGGAGGAGCGCCUAAUCACUCAAAAGAACAUACUAUUUCUAAUUUUCUGUGCCAAUUUGGGACAAUUUGGUGCGGAGUCUUCCUUUCAGAGUGUUUUGAAAAAUGUCGAAAUUCACUGGGUGGUAGACAGCGAAGGAGGUGCAGAUUGUUGGCUAGAACGGUGCAGAGAUAUUAUCCCAUGAUAUCAUGACCACUUCAAAACAUGACAUCAGUAUGUAUCACCAUAAACUUUGGUCACAUUACGUUGCUUUUAUGUGUUAUGAGUACUGCAUUUAUUCCGGAUUAUACACUGUGUUUUUAGGUUGUACACAUUUGCAGGAAAGUGCCCACAUUUGAUCCGACAAUACAUGUAUCUAUCAAGAACUAUUCAUAUCGAAGUGUACAAGUUAAGCAAUAAAUGAUUGGAUCUGGUCACAUGAUAGAA